UUCAGCACUUUUCAUCCUCUUUUUUCAACGGAUUUGCGCCCGAAGGGUUCCUGUUCAACGAAGCCAUGCUGCGCCUGGCGAUUCUCCCGCUGGCGGCGGCAUUGAAGAUGAAAGACGAGCGCUGCAACGAAUUCGCGUGCGGCUCAGGCUGGGUGGCCAAGAUGGGUGGCGCCACCCUUCCGGGUGCAAGCAAUGAGGCGUGCUGCGAAAGGACCUGUGCUCUGUUCAUGUGCGGCCCCGGGUAUCUGCCAAACAAGGUUUAUGCGAAGAACGUGGCGCAGAACGACCAGCUUUGCUGCGACAAGACUUGCGGUAAAAACUUCGAGUGUGACGCUGGAUGGGCGCCGCUGUCGUCCAAAGAGGACCUGGCCGGCACAAAGACGGAGGAGUGUUGCGCGCCCACCUGCAGCCUCUUUGAGUGCCCAGAAGGCUGGGCGGCCAACGAGGGGAACGCAACUUGGAUCGCCAACGACACAGCCAGCUGCUGCAAGCCACUCUGCAGUGUGCACACGUGUGGGAAAGGCUGGAAGCCAGAUCCCGACCGGCAGCAGAGUGGUGGCGACACUGAUGCCGAAUGCUGCACUCAGGAGUGCGCCCUCUUCGACCACCUCUGCCCGGUGAACACGGCGGUGAAGGUGGAGCGACGCUGCGAGCAGGGCCGUACCACGGAUCAGUGCUGCGAUGCCCUUUGCAGCGGCUACAGCUGCACGGAGGGAUGGGUGGCGAAUGCUACGGCCAUGGGGGAGUUCGGGACCAGCCCUGAGGAAUGCUGCACCGCCACCUGCGCGAGAUUCUCCUGCGACCCGGCGGAUGCGUGGCUGCAGAAGGAUCGUCAGAAGGCACUCAACCUGGUCGGCUCGGACCCAAAGACCUGCUGCGAGCCCGCGUGCCGGCGCUACACCUGCAGCCCUGGAUGGCUGCCCAAGUCCGGGGUGGAGUCCCUGAGCAAGACCGGGGAUGAGGACUGCUGCGUGAAGAGCUGCCAGGGCUACAGCUGCAGCGCCGGCCUGGUCCCCAAGAAGAACUCCAGCGAGAGCGCUCUGCUGCCCGGCCACGACGACGACGCCUGCUGCGAGCCCCCGGUGUGCCACGAGAUCCGGAAUAUGACGCUCGCAGCCGGUGGCUGCCAUGCGGUGAGCCAGGAUGACUGUGAGAAGCACUACUACAAGUUUGACACUGCUUCCAAGACCAAAGUUGUGGAGUGCAGCUACGAUGCGAAGCUUCAAAUUUGCCGGAACCGGGGCAACGAGACCACAGGCUGUCAUUUUGACUGAUGGCGCCCCGGAGAUAAGCGAGAAAGCCCCGCAGCGCGGAAA